UGGGGUCUGUACGCUGACACGUGCUGGGCUCUUUCUUCAAACACCUGCGAUUAAUUAGUAUUCCGUCCACCAGCUAAAUUACAUCAACUGUCUCUACCAACAGCACCCUCACUCUACUGCCCAGGACUGCCCAACUCCUCUCCAACAUUCCCUCGUUCCGCUCUGGCCUCUAGAGCCCAGUCAUCAGAAAUCUGACCUUGAGCCAACGCGUCUCCAAGGACCCUGGUGCGACUUCACAAUGGCUCCAUGCUUUCGAAGCACUACCUCCCUUACGGCUACACGAUCAAAGCCUCUGAAAGAUGUUUUAUAAUUCAACAUUGGCGUGGCUCCUCGCCAGCAAAGAUCUACUGUGCGAAGCGUUGGAACAGUGCUCCCUCCACGCAUCCUUGAUCUACAACAGAAGAUCACACGACAUGAACCCACGCUCGCAACGACUGGCACUCGACAAAGCGAAGAGCAGGAGGCUGGAGAUCAGAUGUUUUGGCUGCCACCAAGGUCGCACGCGCACAGCGAAGCAGCCGUGCAAAGCCUCGUUGAAGCGAGCAAGGAAAGGGGCCCCAGUCUCGAGAGCGUGGGGGGCGAGGGAGUGGUCUCAUACGCUCAUUUUCAACGCUUCCAAGCCACUCAGCACGCUGGACGCAUGUUUGACAGCUUUGCGGGCGUGGAGGUCACGCCGUGGUCCUUGGAGAUGUCACCGCAGACGUAGCCGUGGCGAACUAAGCUCGUACUCGUGCGUGCUGGUGGAGAAGUGACGGCCGUGGGGGAGGGGAAUCACAGACACUUGUCGGCAGUGACACCGCGG